UUUCCACCCUCCGCCCGUCGUCACCAUGAGUCGCCAGUUGGGCUGGAAGUCCAGGAGCGGAGGCUUCACCAGCGGCUCGGCCGUCCUGACCGGAGGAGGCCGACGGACCUCCAGCAGUUCCUUCUCCGUCUGUAGACCGGGGGGCUCCAGAAGGUCCGCCGGCUCCGGCACCUUCACCAGCAAGAGUCUGGUCAGCUUGGGAGGGACCAAGAGCAUCUCCACUAGCGUGGCCGGCGGCUUGGGCGCCCUGGACGUCGGAUUCCUGGGAGGGGGCCUGGGGGUCUCUGGCCUCUCGGCCGGAGGGUUGCUCGGGGCCGGGAGGGGACCGGGAGGCUUCGGCCCCGCCUGCCCCCCCGGAGGCAUCCAGGCGGUGACCGUCAACCAGAGCCUCCUGCAGCCGCUGGACUUGAAGGUCGAUCCCGAGAUUGGGAACGUGAAGACGCAGGAGCGCGAGCAGAUCAAAGUCCUCAACAACAAAUUCGCCUCCUUCAUCGAUAAGGUGCGGUUCCUGGAGCAGCAGAACCAGGUGCUGGAGACCAAGUGGGAGCUGCUGCAGCAGGUGAACACCACGACGCAGACCAGCGAUCUGAGCGCCCUCUUCGAGGCCUACAUCAGCUCGCUCAAGCAGCAGGUGGAUGUUCUCAAUGCCCAGAGGACCCAGCAGGAUUCGGAGCUCCGGACCAUCCAGGACCGCGUGGAGGAGUACAAGAAGAAGUUCGAGGAUGAGAUCAACAGCCGAACAAACGCCGAGAACGACUUUGUGCUGCUCAAGAAGGAUGUGGACGCAGCUUUCAUGGUCAAGGUUGACUUGAACACCAAAGUGGAGGGACUGCAGCGGGAGAUUGAAUUUCUUAAGGUCUUCUACGAAGCGGAGCUAUCCGAGGUACAACGGAACGUCAGCGACACCAGUGUGGUCCUGUCCAUGGACAACAACCGCAGCCUGGACCUGGAUAGUAUCCUUCAAGAGGUCAAAGCCCAGUAUGAGGAGAUCGCCCAACGCAGCAAGGCCGAAGCCGAGGCCUUGUACCAAUACAAGUACCAGGAGCUCCAGGUAAGCGUAGGAAAGCACGGAGACGAUCUGAAAGUCGUCAAGACCGAGAUCAGCGAGCUGAACCGGACGAUUCAGAGGCUCCGGGCCGAGAUCGAACACGUGAAGAAGCAGUGUGCCAGCGUGCAGGAAGCCAUCCUGGAGGCGGAGCAGCGGGGUGAACGCACCGUCAAGGAUGCCCAGGCCAAGCUGGUAGAGCUGGAGGAGGCCCUGCAGAUGGCCCGCGAGGACCUGGCGCGAAUGCUGCGCGAUUAUCAGGAGCUGCUGAGCGUCAAACUGUCCCUGGAUGUGGAAAUCGCCACCUACCGCACCCUGCUAGAGGGCGAGGAGUGCAGGUUGUCCGGAGAUUUCUCCAGUAACGUGAGCUAUUCCGUGGUCAAGAGUGUUUCUUCGACCCAGGGCCUGUCUCAAAGCUCGCUGGGCUCGGGAGGGAGAGGCGGCCCCUAUGUUCCCGGAGGGCUUCUGGUAUCCAAGAGCAACAGCUCCACGUCGCGAAAUACCGUCUCCAGCUCCGUUUCUGGUUCCGACUCUGUUUCCAUCUCUGGCGUCCAAGAUUCCAGCUCAGGAAGAAGCCUGAGGAGAAGCUCGGAAGUGGGAACCCGGGAUAGCCCCGCUUCUCUGGUGAAAUAGUAAGCCGGUAGAAGGGAGAGAGAGAGAGAAAGAGAGGGAGAGGUGCACCCUCACUCCCGACCUUCCGAGGGACCCCCCGCCCCCCAACUCCUUAGGUACCCUCCCCACCUCCAACGAGAGAACCACCAAUCCCGGCUUCUCGGAAUCUUUCUUUUUGGGAUCUCUGGGGGCUUCCUGCUUUCUGCCUCCCAUCCGUAGAUUUUCUGCCCUGCCCCUCGCCCUCCCAACCUCCCCGAACACCAACAGGACAGAGGUGCUUUGAGUCCGUGUCUACACCGCCAGAAUGGUUAACCUCCUUCCUGGUUUAUACGUCUAAACAGCUAGAGAUUCCUCGGAACUUAAUCCGGCUGCCCAGGAGAUGCCCAGAUGGCCCCAGGAGGGGAUUAAAGCUGGAUCCGGAUAGGUUUGGUUAGGGGUGGAGGUCAGGACCACCUCACUCUCUCUCACCCACCCCUUUAUCCAACCCCUCGGGUACCCAGAGGCGAAAGUCCGGCCCUAACUCGUUCCGGGGUGAGCGUGCCAUCUGGACAAAGAGGGGGGUUCUUCAUGGAGAUAAAAACCUCUGCGCUUCUGCUCGCAUC